AUGACGAACACCGACAAUUCUCAAAUUCCUACCCGUAAUGGUACUGCUGCUAGUAUCAAUACUUCAACGACGGGUACAACCCCUAUUUCACAUGUACCAUUUCACCCAGAUGACUAUACUCACCCCUGUCACCCUUUGUAUGUGCACCCAUCUGAUUUGCUAGCUUCAUCUUUAGUUUCUGAAUUGUUUGAUGGAACUUGCUAUGGUAGUUGGCGUAGGUCAAUUUUGAUUGCCUUAUCUAUUAGAAAUAAGCUUGAUUUCAUCCAUGGCACUACUAAGAAGCCUCCUGAAGGAUCUCCCCUCCUUCGACAAUGGCAGCGUUGCAAUGACCUAGUUGUUGCUUGGCUGGCCAACUCUGUCACUAAGGAAAUACAUAGGUAUGCUGUGAGUUUGCUAAGGAUAUUUGGAGGGAAUUACAAGCUAGGUAUGGUAAGGCUGAUGGUGCUAGGUGGUGGAUCUAAGUUUGCUCCCAAAGUACAAUUUGAUCCUCAGAAGGCAUCUCUAUAUUGCAAAUACUGCAAGAGGACUGGGCAUGUUAUUGAGAAAUGUCACAGGCUUCAUGGUUACCCUUCAAACUUUAAAUUCACUAAGGGUUCUGGUUCUAAUUUUGGUCCUAGAAAGGUUGCUGCCAAAGCUGCUUGUGAGAGUUAUCCUACUGAUUCAUCAACCAGCAGUGUUCCUUUCAAUGAGAGUACUCAAAUGACUGUUCCUGAUCAGACUUAUGAGGGAUCAGGUUUAACCAAAGAUGAGCACUCUCAGUUGCAGCUCCUAUUACACAAAACUCACAUAUCACCUGGAUCAUCUCAUUCUCUCAUGGCAUCUGCUCACUUUGCAGGUAAAGUUGCUACUCAUAGUGUUUUGCUCAAACUUUGUCUAUUUUCAAAGGUCGAUAGUUCAGUAUGGAUCAUAGACUCAGGGGCAUCUGAUCAUAUGACAUCCAAAUUGUCUCUCCUAUUCAACAUUAAACCCUUUUCUAUCCCCUGCCUUAUUUCUUUACCUAAUGGCUAUAAGGUCAAGGUAACAAAUACUGGACCUUUAAAUCUGUUUCCAAAUUUUACUCUACAUAAUGUGUUGUAUGUCCCUACUUUCCAGUACAAUCUCAUCUCUGUAUAUCAGUUAGUUUCCCAGUUUGAUGGUAUUGCCCAUUUUACCAAGAAUCUGUGCCUUUUUCAGGACCAUUCACAGAAGAAGCCACUGAUACUUGGUAGGUUGGACAAUGGCUUAUACGAGCUGGCUAUUCCUCCACUGUCUGCUGCUGCUACCACCUCUGUCCCUAGUCACCCUCUUUCUGUUAAGCCUGUUGUUUGUAAUGCUCCAGUUUUUUAUACUGUUUUGGCUGAUGACUUUAAUUCUGCUGUUUUGUCUAAAACAUCUGUAUGUUCUUCUGUGAAUAUUAAUAAAAUGGAUGUUGUGUGGCAUUUCAGGCUUGGCCAUAUCCCAUUUUAUAGAAUGAAAACCAUUCCUGCUAUUAAUUCAUCUUUAUCUUCUACUCAAUCUUUUCCUUGUUCUAUAUGUCCUUUAGCUAGACAGACUAGGCUCUCUUUCCCUUCUAGUGACAUUCAUUCUACUGCCAUUUUCCAAUUAAUACAUGUAGAUACCUGGGGUCCUUAUCACACAUCCACUACAUCUAAUGCUAGAUACUUUCUAACUAUUGUUGAUGACUACUCUAGAUGUACUUGGACCCACUUGAUGGGGGCUAAGAACAAUGCUUUUGAUUUGCUCAAAGCCUUCAUUGCCAUGGUUGACACUCAAUUUCACUAA